AAUUAAUGCUCAUCAUUACCAUACUUACAUAAAAGCCGGCUUCCUAUUUUUUUUUGUUUAUGUUUAAACAUACUUCAGCUUAUCUUCUUCGUCACUUCAUCUCUUCGGUCAACUGUUGCUGCGGAAGAUGGCAGUGGCUUUGCUUUUGCUAUGGGCAUUGUGCAAUGCAAUUAGAGUGAAUGGAGAAGAAAGCAAUGGACGAUGUGAUCAUAAGCUUAAGUUUAACCCAAGACCUCAUAGUGUUUCAAUUCAAGAAUUCGGUGCUAUCGGAGACGGCAAAACUUUGAACACCAUUGCCUUUCGAAAUGCCAUAUUCUAUCUCAAAUCCUUUGCCGACAAAGGCGGUGCCCAACUUUAUGUGCCCCCUGGACGAUGGCUUACCGGAAGUUUCAAUCUUACGAGCCAUCUUACCCUCUUCUUGGAAAAAGAUGCCAUCAUUCUUGGAUCUCAGGAUCCAUCUCAUUGGGGUAUUGUUGAACCAUUACCCUCGUAUGGUCGAGGAAUCGAGCUUCCCGGUAGAAGAUAUCGAAGUUUGGUGAAUGGUUACAUGUUGCGCGAUGUCGUAAUAACUGGUGAUAAUGGAACUAUAGACGGACAGGGCUCGGUUUGGUGGGAAUGGUUCACAUCGCAUUCUUUAAACUACACGCGCCCUCAUCUUGUGGAGUUUGUCUCAUCUGAAUAUGUGCUUGUUUCUAAUAUUAGUCUUUUGAAUGCCCCUGCAUAUAACAUUCAUCCAGUCUAUUGCAGCAAUGUACACAUUCAUAAUAUAUCUGUCUAUGCUCCACCAGAAUCUCCAUAUACUGUCGGCAUAGUCCCAGAUUCUUCGGAUAACAUUUGCAUCGAGGACUGCAACAUUAGCAUGGGCCAUGAUGCGAUUGCCUUCAAGAGUGGAUGGGAUGAGUAUGGCAUUGCAUAUGGUAGACCGACCACUAUCGCCCAUGUUCGAAGGGUCGAUCUUCGAUCAUCCACAGGCUCAUCUCUUGCCUUUGGUAGUGAAAUGUCUGGUGGCAUUUCCGAUAUUCUAGUCGAGGAAGUCCAUCUCUACGACUCAUUAACUGGAAUCGAGUUUAGAACAACAAUAGGUAGGGGUGGUUACAUCAAAGAAAUCAUGAUAUCAGAUGUUGACUUACUAAAUGUUAAUACAUCUUUUGCUGCCAUCGGUGACUAUGGAUCCCAUCCAGAUGACAAAUUUGAUCCUGAUGCUUUUCCGGUAUUAGAGAAAAUCACCCUACAGAACAUCAUUGGCACAAAUAUCACCAUUGCGGGUAAUUUCAAAGGAAUUGAAGAAUCUCCCUUUACUUUUAUAUGUCUAUCAAAUAUCUCCUUAUCAAUCAAUUCUACUUCUUUGUCGCCAUGGCAAUGUUCAUAUGUUUCCGGGUUUUCUGAGUCCGUAUUCCCAGAACCAUGCCCCGAACUUAUGAAUUCGAGUACUUCAUCAUGUGGAAUCCUAAUGCUCGAGUUGCAAUUCUAUAAUAUAAUUCUUUAAAAAAAAUAUGAAUUUGGGAUAUUUCGACCUAUUCGGAUUUUUUUUGCAAUAAUCUCUUUUUGGCGAGUUGGAAAUUGCAUAUUGUUUUGUAUAGCUUCAUUUCUUCCUUCUUGAAAUUUUUUUGUAGUGAUGGAGUUAAAACAUAAAAAAAGUAUUGGGUAUAUUUUAGUGUUAA